UACUUUCCGAGACUCCCCUUGCUGUUUGAAUCGUAAAGAUUGCAACUCUACGGACCUCCCUUGCAAUUUUGAUAAAAUACACAAUGACGAGUUUGGAAUGGGUGUGCAUGCCGCGCAGCUAUGAAGUGUGCAAAAACCACUUGCCAGCUAUAUUUGUUCAGGAACAUCCGCUCAAACGUGAGUUGGCAACACCCAUGCAAGACAGCAAGAGCAAGCCUUUGAGUUUGGCUCUAGAGGGAACUGAUCCACUCACUCAAUUUGCUCGCCAACAAGAGUUGGAGCUAAGUGAUAGUAAAAUCUCCAAUGAAUAUGAGCUAAAGACAAAGCGCCGUGAGCGUGAUCGAAUUGAGCCGGAGGAUAAUACCCUGCAAUGGAGCAGUCGUCGGCUGGGUAUUUUAAACCGAUUCAACACGAAUGAGAAGUUGUCUCUGUCCACAAGUUUUCUAGUUUCCUCCUCCUCUAGCUCGGAGGGCAUCGGAGAGAACAUCAAAGCACAGACCGUUGUGGCCGAUAAGGUUAAGUACCGUCUGGAGCAAUUGGAUCAUUUUGAUGACUGCAGCAUGCGUCAUAUGAUGGACCUCACUCAACAGGAGUAUAUCCAACGUUUUGAGCAACUAAAACAGGAACUUAUACAAUCGUGGCAUAGCGACCAGCGCGUUAAGGCCCUAAAAAUAGCAAUUCAGUGUGCUAAAAUGCUGGCCUACACUACGGUGCUCCAGUUUUACCCCAGCCAGUAUGUCCUUAUCACAGAUAUAUUGGAUGCUUUCGGAAAGUUGGUUUAUGAUCGACUGCGUGCCAAGUGCAAUGGUGGUAUUGGCAUCUCCGCAGCGUCGUUAGAACGGGAGCGUGAAGCAGCACGAGACACUUGCCAAAACUGGUUUUACAAGAUCGCCUCGAUUAGAGAGUUAUUGCCUAGAUUGUAUUUGGAAAUGGCCAUUUUCAGGUGCUAUGAGUUCCUUCCGACGGAAAAAAGGAAUUACACGAAAUUGUUGCAACGACUAACCCGUCAAUUAAGAGGUAUAGCCGAUCCCUUGGUUUCUAUCUAUGCCCGCUGCUAUUUGGUGCGAGUGGGCGUGCCUGUGACACCAGAUAGAACUUUUAUUAAGGAGAACUUUGCAGAUUUGUUCAUAAUCUAUCCUCAGAUUUUUCGUUAUGUUUCACGCUUCAAUCUACAUCCCGAAAUCAUAACAGCUACGUCGUACUUGCAGCUUUAUGCCCCGGCAAUCGACUAUAUGCUUCUCUGCUUAGUACACAAAACUGAUUUACAUGCACAGGAAAUCGUCCAGGAAUGUAAAAAACUAAAGAACAAUGGAGCCAUUUUCAUGUCCAUCCUCAACUCCUUGAAGCCGGAAUUUAUAGCUGCCAAUGCCUUGGAUUUCAUAGAAGUGAUCAACAACUGCGAGACUCAAGGAGUGUCCAAAUCUCAACUACUGCGAUCUUUGGGUAGCUGUGUCAGCAGCUGUGCCCCAUUGCAAGAGCAGCGAGCUUUGUUUCUGAAAGCAGCAUUCGAAACCAUCAAUAAGCUGACCGAUCCCAAUGAAUACAUCAAUUGCGUAGAAACUUGGGCCGUCUUUGUGGCCCAGUACUUUACGAUCCACGAGGUGAAUCGCUUGUUGGGUGAACUCAAUGGUCGUAUGUGCCUGGGCAAGGCCUAUGAAAAGCACUAUGCCCAACUUCAGUUAAUUCUUUCUAAGAUUAUGCAAAACUAUGGCAACAUAGAGUUACUGCUAAUCCAGCCAAACUUUCUACCCUAUGUCGAUCUAUUCCACAAUGAAUCUGUCCGGGUGGAGGUGUGCAAAACCAUUCUGAAUUACUACAAACAAAACAGUGAGGAACACUCUUCCGAUCCGGUGGUCAACAAUGCCCUUAUGUAUCUUGGAAAAAUUCUAAAUGACUCUGUCAAUGCCCUUACCGUAGAGGAUGAGCGUCGUCAGAUUUCACAACUCAUUAACGUGUUUAUUCAUAAGGUCCAUUUUGGCCACGAUCUCGAGCAACAGCUUAGCUUCUAUGUGGAGGCCAGGGGCAAUUUUGGCAAUCUGGAUGCUGUCUAUGUAAAAUUAGUUCAUGCUGCCUGCAAGUUGGCCAAACGUAGCCGAUCCAAAUCCACGGGCUUUGUCAAAGCCUGCAUUGCCUAUUGCUUCAUAACUAUUCCGAGCAUCUCGUCUGUGCAGCAGCAAAUGGAUUUGUAUUUGCUGUGUGGUCAGCUAGCCUUGCAUUAUCUCUGUCUGGGACAGGCCGAUGCCUGUUUUGAGGCCGCAUUGGAUUUGGUAAACGAUUUGCCAGCGGCAAUCGUUGAUUUGGAUGGCAAGCCACGAAGUCUAGAACGGUAUCUUGUGUCAUAUCUCUGCAAUAUGUUAGCCACUUUGAUUGUAGUUCCGGAUAGCCCGGAGCAAGGAGUGUUAUAUUUUCUGCGUUUGCUAUUAGAUGUAGUGGGCAGGCGCAAUUUCAACGCCAACAGCACGGCUCCGAGUAUUAUCUAUUUAAACGCCUUAGACAUGCUUUAUGCGCAGAGCCUUGAGAGAUUUCCCUAUCACAUAGAUGGAGUGGUUUCCAAUGAUGCUUUAUAUGGACAUGACCCCAAGUUUAUAAACGAGAUUAACCAUCUCUGUUGCCAGGUUGUGGACUCUAUUCUUAUGCAACUAAAAUCCUUGGGCUUGGCUCAGCAGCAGCGUUCGCAAUCCGAAAUCUCAUUGGAUCUAUUUCUACGUAUUGUCCGGUAUGCAGACUUGGAAAAGGAAACAAUCUUUCAGUUGGCCCUUAAUCUCUGGUUUUUGGCCAACAAAAAUCAUACUCAACUGGAUGUGAAGACAAUUCCGCAAACAUUACGCAAUGUGGAAUAUGUUUACAAACUGAUCAAAGACUCAUCGCCCCAACGUGCUAAUGUUUUGGCCAAGUUGCUGCUACGCAUGCGCAACAACUAAAGACUUGGUAAGGCAUCGUCGAGGUUUCUCUCCACUCUGUGCACAUUCCAUAUGCUUAGGAUAUCUUGAACUCCUCCCUAUUACCUCUCCCAGUGUAAUCAAAGGACACAUAAGUUAUAUAGUGCUUGUAAAAGCACAAGUUUUUUGAGUUUGCGUUUAUUUGGAAAUUGAUAAAUUGCUUAGGCCCUCUUUAGUCACAGCCCACCUUUACCUAGUAGCAAUUCAAGCUGUGCGUGUGGUAAGACGAUUACACAAAGUUGCCUACCUGAAAGUCAAAGACUAAUCAUCUAAAAUAAAGUUACAUUUAUCUUCGUUUUUUUUUACAUAUAGGUGUAAAAAUAUUAA